UGUAUUAGCAUGACAUUUUUAUUAUUGACAUUAUCAAAAUAAAAGGCUGAACGUAUUUGUGUCUUAUGUACCUAUGCUAUAUUCAGUAGCCGUUUGAAUAUAGAGCAUAUAGAAUAUAGAAUAUAUAUAAAGUCCACUAUAUUAUAGCAUUAAAUGAUAAGUUAUUAUUAUUAUGAAACAACUCCCCAAUGUUCCUUAAUGCUUAUACUGCAUGAUUUUCCAUUAAUAUGGCACACCCACUCUCUCAUAUCUAGUUGCUGGAAUUUUCCUUUAGCUGCACUGACAAUAACGUGUAGUGAUCUGUGUAUCUACUCAUUAACAAACUAAUGAGCCUGCACCUGGUGGAUUGUAGCUGCCGUGCAGAACGCUUGUGAUUGGAUAACGAGGUGCAGCCUGCGCUUUAAAAAGAUUGCACAAUGGCGCUGCGUGAAGGCAGUUAAAACAAAAGCGUUUGCUAUUGUUACGACGGUACGUUUUUCCUUCUCUGGUACUCUUAACUUUAGCAGUUUACGCGUCACGUGAAGAAGCAGCAUUCCACAGAACGUGCGGACGGUUUGUCUUAAACCAUCUGCGCGCUGCUGACCCGCCGAGUGGGGCAGCCGUUUAGCGUGCUAAACAGUAGCCUGUUUGAGCCGCACGCUUUGCACAUUCAAACUAAUUCUGACCGCACGUAUUGCUUCAGUCAGUGUGUAAAAUAAAUCUUUUCGGGUGUAGCAGCAGACCGGUGGAGUUCAGUUCUAACUGAACUGAAAAUUACACGUCCAGUUGCGUAAUUGAACUCUUCAACCAUUACGCAGUGAAUUAUCCACAAAGCCAUCUUUAAACCGAUCAUGGCCAAAGUAAUGCAGAUGUACCAGCCAAGCACAGUGGUCCUUCAGUGUGGAGCCGGUUCAACGUCACUACUAAAGUGUGGCUGAGGAUUUGCUGCUGGGUGACCUGCCUCCCUCUGCCUGGUUCCUCACAGCCCUGAGGAGGCUGGAGCAGUGGUACGGACAUCUCCGACUCAGACCAGCCCAGAAGUUCUCCUUUAAACACGGUCUCAUGACAACAGGCCGUCUCAGUUACCGAGAACCAGAGGGCUAGGACAGAAUCUGAGAGUCGGGGACAGUUGAGGACAGCGGAGGACAUUAAAGGACACUUCUGCCCCUGCAGAGGCUGAAUGGUCAGUGUCAGCCGGAGGACAGUCGAGGAACCAGCACCUGUCUGCAGGAUCUCAUCUUUCAGACCACCUGUUUCACCUGAGGACAUUCUCCCUCCUGCUUCUCUGAGGAAAUGUAUCACCUCUCUGUGGUUUCACUUUUCCUCUGCCUGUUGUUGUCGUUGGAGAGCAGCAGCAGCAGCAGCAGCAGCAGCAGCAGCAGCAGCAGCAGCCUCCAGGACAACAUGGGAAGGCUCCACAGCAGUUUCUCCCUCAGCCUCUACCAAACGCUCACAGAGUCAGAGAACGUCUCCAACCUGAUAGUGUCUCCACUCAGCGUCUCCUUGUCUCUGGGGCUGCUGCAGUUUGGUGCCAGAGGGAACACACUGGCUCAGCUGGAACAGACUCUGGGAUAUAAUGUGAACGAAGCCCAGGUCCAGGACUUCCUGUCUCACUCCCAGGGUGAUAUUAGUAACAGCAGCCAGAACCUGUUUCUGCAGCAGACCUGCACUUUAUUGGUCCAGAGUGGAGUCCGGCUCCUCAGUGAAUUCACACACCACGCUGCAGCCUGGGCCAACACCAGCGUGGUCCAAGCCAACUUCAGCCAAACUGUCCACAUGCAGAGACACAGAGACGCACACUCAGGCCACAGCCAAGAUGAGGCCUUGACCGUCCAGUCAGGCAGCAGCAGUGGAGAGCUGUCAGGGUCAGGGGAGACUCAGGCAGAAGCUCUGUGGUGGAGCCAGAGGCAGCAGGUGGCGCUGGUCAACACUGUGGUCUUCAGAGGAGUGUGGCAGAAACACUUCUUGUUCUCCAACACUCAGAACCUGCCCUUCACCCUCCCCGAUGGAAGCAUCAUCAAAGUCCCCAUGAUGUACCAGGCUACAGAAGUGAGGUUUGGUCAGUUUAGAACAUUGUCCGACCAGCGUUACACAGUGUUGGAGCUGCCGUACCUGGGCCACUCCCUGAGUCUGCAGGUGGUUCUUCCCAGUGACAGGAAGACGUCACUGUCCUCUAUCGAGUCCCAGCUCAACACCCGACAGCUGGCAUUAUGGGACAGCGGCCUACGCAGGAUUAAAAUGGACGUCUUCCUGCCAAGGUUCAGGAUGCAGAACAAGUUUAACCUGAGGUCAGUGCUUCCUGCCAUGGGCCUCAGUGAUGCUUUUAAUCCAGCAGCUGCCGACUUCAGCGGAAUAUCAGCAGUGGAAGGUCUUUAUGUGACUGACGCCUUCCAUGAGGUGAGAAUAGAAGUGACUGAAGAUGGGACGAAGGCAGCUGCUGCCACAGCUAUGGUUCUACUGAAACGUUCCAGAGCUCCUGUUUUUAAGGCAGAUCGGCCUUUUUUAUUCCUGCUUCGACACAUCAACACAGGAUGCAUCCUAUUUAUGGGUCGAGUGUUGAAUCCUGCUGAUCAAUUACUGUAAACCUCAAACCCUUUACUUCUACUCUUUGUAUUUAUUUGUGGACCAACAGGAGGAUCCAGUCACAGAAAAAACAGGGACAUUACUUUUGUACAUAUUUGUAAAUAACGUUUUUAAUACACAUUUUUACACCUUGUUAUUUGGUCUUUUUUGCCUAAUACGCCAUCAUUUAGCUAAACUAAUUACCGAAAAAAAUGUCGACUAAAAUGACGCAGAGUCACGUGUUUACAGAACACUUUAUUUACAUGGCCCUUCACAGUGUAAAAUAGAAACUUUAUUAAUGGAAAUACUUACAAAAAGGCCAUUUUGACGCUCAACAUUCUCUUUAAAUAGUACUCUAGGCUUAUUUACAUCUUUACAGUGUAUUCAAAAUACUCUUUUGGUAGCGGCCUCUUCACAAACAAACAGACAAGUAAAUAUGGCAGAUUUUGGUCCCUGUCUG